CCAAAGGACUCGCAGGUUUUAUAUCGGAUGAGUGUAGGCCGAUCUUGAUGGACUUGGAAUAUCGGAACCUGCUGGCACCGAAUGGGCCACAUUUGAUUCCUCCGAGCGACUUUCGGUCUCCUAGACUGCCCCAGCCACCCCUCGGCGUGGAUUUUAUGCAGAGGAGCCCUGAAUCUGGCGAGAUGGAGAAGACCCCGCCUGUCACAGGCAAGCGCCGAGGUGGCAGCCGGAAGGCCUGCAACGAGUGUAAGCAGCAGAAGCUUCGAUGUGACAUCGUUCAGACUCCAGCUGCGGCAUGCUCGCGCUGCCGCAGGCUUGGGAUCGACUGUAAAGUUGAACAGUCGUUCAAGCGAAUCUCCAAGAGAAGACGCAAUGCGGAGAUGGAAAAGGAGAUCGCAGAUCUUCGCCGCCGCUUAGCAUUCAACCCGGAGCAGGAGGAGGGAGCUGAGUCCCAUGCGGGUGAUGACCUCUCUCAAUGCUCCGAGGAGGGUUUCAAAAGGCGUGACUCGGUUGCAGCCGACCGCUCACGACCGGUAUCAGUGCCUGUUGAACAGCACGCAUCAAUUGCAACUCCAAUUACCAUGCAGAGAGAUGGAUCUAUUCUGUCCCAGGAAGAUAACAGCCCGUGGAGAUUAGAAGAUAUCGCCCUCUCUCGAGCACGUGUAGCACGGCUGUUUGAACAAUACUUCAAUUACUAUCACCCUUUUCUUCCGCUUUUGAACCCUCCAAAACCCCCAGAGGUGUAUCUCAACCGAUGUCCUUUAUUGGCAUGGACGAUCAUCUGUGUGGCUAGCCGACGGUCCCCCACGGAACCCUGGCUCCUCAGUGCCCUUUCAGGACCCUUCAGUCGACUUUUGUGGUCUACAAUUACCAGUGUUCCCCAGGACUACCGAGUUGUUAAAGCACUCUGUGUGUUGUGCACAUGGCCUCUUCCAACAACAAGUCAACGGACUGAUGCGACUUUCAUGCUCAGUGGUCUCAUGAUGCAGAUUGCCAUGCAGCUGGGAUUGCACCGCCCAGUACAAGCGGAGGAAUUUACCACCUUCCAGAUGGAAGUUCAAGGAGAGGCGCUCAAGGACCGCUUGCAUACUUGGGUGAUUUGCAACAUCGUGGCACAGAAUGUUGCUACCGGGUAUGGCCAGCCGCCUAGCACGAUCUACGAUUGGGCUCUUGAGCCUCCCUCGCUAAAAGAUGCCGACUACCGCCUUCCUGAAGAUCUCAUGACCAGACUGCGGAUCGAAAAGUUCUGUGACCGGGUAACGAAGGCCCUGUAUAGUAGCAAGCCCGAGCCGGGAGAGUUUAUCAGUGCGGAGAAGCUUGUCAUCGUACAAAUACUUGAGACUGAAUUACGAGAUAUUGAAGUUGAGUUUGGUCGCGGCAUAUCUGCGAUCAAUAUGAUCCAUCUCCGUGCUGCAGAGUUGCACUUCCGAUACUUUGUGUUCCUAGGCUCCAAUGCACGGAGUGAUGACCUCACAAAACUCUUUAUUGCAACAACUUCUUUUUUAGGUCGGGUGCUCGAUCUUGAAACCUCGCCUGGUGAGCUGAUCGGUCAUUCCACCAAUUAUAUUCUCCAAAUGAUCGUGUCCGCCGCCUUUGCCCUCAUGAAGCUAUUGAAGAGUAGUUUCAGCCAAAACAUCGAUUUCAACCAUGGAAAGCUUCUGUUUAAUGGCGCUAUCUCGGCGAUCCGCAGGAUUAGUGUCAUGGAUCAUGAUCGCCCGAUCCGCCUCGCUGAUAUUCUAGCCCAGAUGUGGAAUGCAACCGGCCCGGAGCCCGCUGAAGAGGACGGUCUCCAGCUUAAAGUUCGUUGCCGCAUGAGCAUGAGUCACGUCUACGACACCGUCUGGCGUUGGCGACAGCGUUUCAGACCAGUGAAGAGCAUUGAAGAAAUGCAAGCCGCAGUCGCUGCGGCGAACCAAGGCAUUUCGACGACAGGAGCCCUGGGUCGACAGCAGGACAGCUCUCUUGAGGAUCCGUCAUUGAUGAUGCCCAACCAGUUCGAUGAGAGUGGCGCCUUCUUCAACGAAGCUGGGUUUUCUGAAGUCUUCGACUCCUUAAACUGGGUUUUCGAAGGAAUUCCUGACUCGUUUGUCGCCCCUCCAGUCCUUUAA